ACGCUAUCCCCCUCCUCCUCCUCCCCCUCCUCCUCCUCCUUCAUCCCAUAGCUGUCAUCCUGAGCACCGCUGAAACGACGGCUCAAUCCCUAAACGCCCGGAUGAGAGCAGCAGGCGACAUUUAGGGCAACAUGGUCGUAUGAGUUGGCCGAGUCGAGAGCAAGCAACCAUUCCGGAGGGGGACGACGGCCACUGCUGGAAUCUGUGACAUUUUCGACGCAGCCCACGGAGAGCGGUUCUGGGAAAAUACAGAGAGAGAUAGAGGCGUGGAAGCGAAGAGGAACACGGCACAUUUCCCCCCUUGUGGUGUCCUAUUUCGUUGGUGAAGGAACGUGCAGACAGGCUGUCUCACACUAAGCUAUGGAAUGCUCCCUGCACCCUCCAUCAUUAGUCUCCAAUCUUUGGACUGAGAUCCAAACGCUUAGUUAGCGGCUGUGCUUCUCCCCUCGAACUCUUUAAAACCAGGGGAAGAAGAAAAGGAGCGGGCUUGUCAAGUCCUCCGCUAAAACCGCACAGAGCACUUCUUUUAUUUUAUUACAAUAUUUAAGAUUGUUUUUCUCCGCUUGGAUUCUCGUCCGCUGAAAUCACAUCAAGAUGGAUCUGGAACCGUAUCUGUGGAUGGUGAUUACUGGCUUCAUCAUUGCCUUCAUACUGGCCUUCUCAGUCGGAGCUAAUGAUGUGGCCAACUCGUUUGGCACAGCCGUGGGGUCCGGAGUGGUCACGCUGAAGCAGGCCUGCAUCCUGGCAUCCAUCUUUGAGACACUGGGCUCCAUGCUGCUGGGGGCUAAAGUGGGGGAGACGAUUCGAAAGGGCAUCAUAGAUGUCACCCUGUACAACGAAACGGUGCCCGUGCUCAUGGCAGGAGAGGUCAGCGCCAUGGUUGGAUCAGCAGUCUGGCAGCUAAUCGCCUCCUUCCUCAAACUGCCGGUCUCUGGGACUCACUGCAUUGUUGGCGCCACCAUCGGCUUCUCCAUGGUGGCCAUCGGCACCAAGGGCGUCCAGUGGAUGCAGCUUGUCAAGAUUGUUGCAUCAUGGUUCAUCUCCCCCUUGCUCUCUGGACUCAUGUCUGGACUCCUCUUCAUGCUCAUUAGACAUUUCAUCCUCAGCAAGGAGGACUGUGUCCCUAACGGCCUGCGAGCGCUGCCCCUCUUCUACGCCUCCACCAUCGGGAUCAACACGUUCUCCAUUCUGUACACUGGAGCCCCAUUGCUCGGGUUAGAGAUGCUGCCUGUGUGGGCCAUCUUCCUCAUCACUUUAGCUGAGUCGCUGAUCUGUGCAGCUCUGGUUUGGAUGGUCGUCUGUCCCUGGAUGAGGAGGAAAAUAGCAAGUCGUCUAAAGAAGGAGCAGGCUCUGUCUAGGAUCUCUGAUGAGAGCCUUGAUAAGAUACCUGAGGAGGAGGAGGAGAGCCCCGUGUUCAAGGAGCUACCGGGGGCUAAGGGCACAGAUGAGGCGGUGUUGCCACUCACUGGCAGCAGUGAACGCAGCACUCGAGAGUCCAGCGGAGAGCUCACCAACCUGGCUAAUGGAGGCAGUGUCCUUCCAAAUGGCAGGGUCUACGGCCGGACUCACUCCAUGACCAACGGCUGCCUCAAGUCCCCCGUCUCCAACGGCAGCUUCAGCUUCGAUGGCCACAUGCGCAGCGACGGCCAAGUCUACCACACAGUGCACAAGGACUCUGGUCUUUACAAAGACCUCCUACACAAGAUCCACCUGGGCCGCUUGGAUGACAGCGACCGCUCCGGCUCCAACUCCGCUGUGCCUGACAACAACUACCGCCUGCUGCGCCGCAACAACAGCUACACCUGCUACACUGCAGCAAUAUGCGGCAUGCCCGUCCAGCCACUCAUCCGGACAGAGUCACGUGACGACAGUGAAAAGCUAGUGGGAGAAGGAGGGGGCGGGGGCAGGAGCAACAGCGUGUCCUACACCAAGAAGAGGAUACGCUACGAUAGCUACUCAUCAUACUGUAAUGCCGUAGCAGAGGCAGAGAUCGAGGCAGAGGAGGGUGGGGUGGAGAUGAAGCUGGCCACAGAGCUGGAGGGGGUGGAUGAAGAAGGAGCUCCGGCUCCAGUGCCUCUGGACGAGCUGGUCGAAGAGGAUCACGAGGAGAAGGAUAAGUCGGAGGUGUACCUGCUUUUCCACUUCCUGCAGAUCCUCACCGCAUGCUUUGGCUCCUUCGCCCACGGAGGGAACGAUGUCAGUAAUGCCAUUGGACCCCUGGUGGCGCUGUGGAUGAUCUAUGACCAGGGCGGUGUGAUGCAGGACGCUGCCACUCCUAUCUGGCUGCUGUUCUACGGCGGUAUUGGCAUCUGCGCCGGUCUGUGGGUGUGGGGCCGUCGUGUCAUCCAGACCAUGGGGAAAGACCUAACUCCCAUCACCCCUUCAAGCGGAUUUUGCAUUGAAGUAAUGAGUGCGCUAACAGUGCUUGUUGCAUCAAAUGUGGGCAUCCCAAUAAGCUCCACCCACUGCAAGGUGGGCUCUGUUGUGGCCGUGGGUUGGAUCCGCUCCCAGAAAGCGGUGGACUGGCGCCUCUUCAGGAACAUCUUCCUGGCGUGGUUCGUCACGGUGCCCGUGGCCGGCGUGUUCAGCGCUGCCGUCAUGGCCCUGCUCGUCUACGGCAUCCUGCCCUAUGUCUGAGGGCGUAUGGCCGGGUGGGAGAACAGAAGAGAAAGAGAGACAGCGAGGGAAACUUGGGUGAAAAUCAUAGCUCGAGUGUCGAGGGUGUGCAGAUAACGGAGAAUGAGAAGAAGAGAGGGAAAGAGUGAGGGUGACGCAGAGGAGAAGGAGGGAGCUGCAGAGGUUUACAAACGGGCAUGGUUGUACUGAAGAUGUAAGGAGGGUUGGUUCAUAUGCUGCCUAGCUCUGUAGUCCAGAGAUCUUUUUGACUCGUUUGAGUUCCUGAUCGGUUUUUAUUUAUUUUUGGGUUGCAUAAGAAAGAGUGUGCAACCAGCGUGUUCACCGUACCAUUCUAUCUGCUGUACAUAUGACAAUAAUAGGGAGAUUCCAGUAACCUCUAACAAGAAUCAUCUAAUGAGGAAAAGCAGUGGCAGCCAUUUUUCUGUCUCAUUGAAAAAGAAAUCAUGAGUUUUUAAAAAUAAGACAGCACACAACUAAAAAUAACAAAACCCUGCACAACGUAACAAACGCACACACCUGCAGUGACACUACAUCAUCAUCAUGCCUGUGAGAGCAGGAAGCAUCUCUGGUCAAGUGCUCAUUAUUAUUGUUCCAAAUUGCCAGAAAAUAAUCCUGUACAUAUUGUUAUAUUGGACUGAGUGUGAUUUGUUGUAUUGCGGCUUGCUUUAAAAAAACAAAAAGAUGUGCGUGUGGUAAACCAACCCAUCCAUCAUCUCUCUUUGAAAACAUGCUAGCCAGGUACAACUAGGGCCAAACAGAAAGGAUGCUUCAGAGCAGGGAGGUGGGACUGUCACUCUGCUUUUUUUAAAUAAUUCUCCAUAUGAUACCAUAGAAACCUGAUUUGCUAAAGAAUUGAUUUUUUGUCAAGAGCUCCUGUAUGUUUGUAGAGAUGGAUCUCAUAUUUUUUAAUGAUGUAUUAUAAUGUAAUUUGUACUGUAAAUACUGUCCGUACAGAGGUUAAGGGGAGGGAUUAGGGGGAGGACAAUGGUUUGUUUUUGAUGUUGUAAAAAUUGGGGUGUCUCCUCACCUCUUCAUGAUGUCAUAUUAUAGAGUAUUUUUCAUCCAGAGUACACACACAUACACAAACACUUGAUAAACACACACAUGUACUUCACAAGCUGCUGUUUCGCGGAUGUUGCAAACAAAUUUAAAGUAGUGAAUCAAACUUGUAGAUACUCCAUCCCUUCUGAUAUGUUGUGUCGGUAAAGUCAGUAUUUUUUUGCAGAAAGUUCCUAAGUGAAAGGUUUCCUCCUGGAGAAAAUAUAACAUCUGGUUUCUGUCAGUGAUAUGCAAAAAGAGGGGACUCCGAGUAGAAUUAGGUGCAGCAGAAGCCAAAAAACUAAAAACAAACACACAUUGAUAAGGUCCCAGAAAAUGUUCACAUAUCUCCAUCUGUUUGCCUUUGUUUUCAUACAUUCAACUCAGUUACUGGAGUCAUUUCCUCAUAUCAAAGGCUCCCUGCCAAUAAUCGACCUCUACACUGUCCACGCUUGGAUCAGUUUUAGAUCUCCAACCCUUGUUUUAGUCCGGAGUGUGUCUGUUUCUGAACCUCGUCUCGUACCCCCCUCAUGUAAUAAAUCUGAGGUCUGAUCGUCACCGCCUUGUUCCCAUCGGACAGCGAUCAUGCGUCAUAUCAGACACUAACUCUUUGUUAGUGUUGUUGUAACUCAGCCAGUUAUGCAGAGGUGUGAGGAGAGGGGAGUCAACCUUCAGCCACACCUGUAGCUCCUCAAAAAUGGCGGAUGUUGCGUAGAAGCAUUUAGUCUGUUGAUCACGUGUGUUUCAAUCGAAGUGCUAAUGUUAGCAGAGGUAACAGGAUCACGUCGGGGGCUGGAUGAAAGCCGCUCAUGUCAGAGAAAUGAGAUGGUAUCUGGGGGGGGAUAGUACUGAUCAUCACCAGCUUUUUAAACAGGGUCACCUGUGACCUGUAGAUGAACAAAGUCUAAAGCUUUUUUUAUUUGAACAAACUCGAUGCCAGGUGUUGCAAGUUCUUUAUUUUGUUCUUGUGGUGUGUUUCCUAAUUUCAUUUUUUUUGUCUCAUGAACAAAUCUAUGCUUAAGUAGCCACUUGCCUUGUAACAUUGUGUUUUACUUUGUGCAGAUACAGUAAAAUUAUUAAGUACUGUGGUGUUUACAUCGUAACCAUAUUGUAGAGUAUAAGAAAAAAAACUGUUGCCUAAUGAUGCCAAUGAAAGACAAACUAUUAACCAUGAAUUUAUAAGUGCAAGUAAAAAAAAUAACCUGAAGUGUCUAGAGAGAGAGAUGGAGAGCAAGAUAGAGAGAGUGUGCGCGAUGACUUGUUUCUUUGUUGUAGUAGUGUUAAUCUUGACCCCGUCACUUUACACUGCUACUACAGUACAAUGUGUUAACGCUACCUGUAUGGGUGCAAUUCAGUAAUGAAGAGAAUGACUAGAGAAAUCUCAUCAGACUAUAUAUAUUUUUCUACCAUAUCUGAGUUUUAACCUGGGCGAGCUUCCGAACACUUUGGAGGACACAUUAUGGGCUCGCUGGGAACAGGGAUUAGCUGUUUGUAAGAUCGCAGUGAUACGAAGAUAACGGUCUUAUCAUAGGACGUCUCGCCUCAAUGGUGCCAUGUGCCACACUUCCUCUGUAAGCCCUGUGUGUUCUUCUAACAUAUAGAUUUGACGUGUCGGUUGCCAAUAGAUCAGAUUUUUAAAUUUUACCAUUUUUAUUUUUUGAAUUUUAGAUGAAAACACUUUGUAAUUUUGUUUCCCUACCGCUUCGAUCAUGAGCUGUGAGAGGAGCAGGAUAGGCUCCUUGCUAAAACCAGGACGACUGCUCACUGAAUGCAAAACUUAGAAGCAGAAUCUCUGUAGCUGAGAAACUAUAAUCUAAAAAAAUACUUGAUAACUGGACUGUGUGGACAUUUGUUUCCUUGUUUUGGCAGGUAUCCACUCUUAGAGCUCAUACCCUUUCACUCUUUCACAGGCUGUGUGUUACAAAGGGGGCCGUGCAGAGUUAGUGUGUUUAAACCUGAAGGAAGGUAAUAAACCAAAAAUCUGGCUACAUUAAAAACACCAAAUAUCUGCAGCUUCAAGCUAAUUUUUAUUGCAAUUGUCAGUUGCUGAAUACUUCAGAUUUAAUGACAUUUAUACAGCAAUAUCUACUUAAAGUCACGCACUGCUAUAUUUAAAGUAACAUUUGAGCACAUUGACAGCUACUUGAUACAUUUCCCAUUCAAAUACCCACAAGAGCAGAAAAUAUCCGAGUCUGAACCCUCUCACGAUGAAUGAGGAGGUUCAUCUCUGAGGUCACGCAGUGCUCUUCUGAUAUAUUUGACAUUUGCUGCACCACUGUGCUCUGCAGGCGCCUCUCUGUAACUCACACUGUCAUAUUUUUUGUUUUUCCAUUCAUUCUCAGUCCUGAUAGGCCAAAAGGGAUGCACAGCUCAAUACAGGAGGGGAAAGUGAGAAUUGCAAUUCAGUGGCUGUGUAAAAAAAAAAAAACCUGUCAAACUCUCCCGUGACACGUUUGAUUUCCAACAACUAAUGCUACAUUUCUGAUAUUGAAGAAGCAUCGCUGUUAGUAUAAAACCGCCAUUAAACAUGAAAGGAUAUUUUGUGGGUAAAUGUGAAUUACUUUAAAGCAAAUGGUAAAAUUGGAUUUGGAUUAAAAGUUAAAAGAUAACAACUCUGCUAAUCUGAUUGUAAGCUUUUGUAACCCUCCGAUUUAUAGCCACUGUCACCUUUUUCCAUCCACUUAUCUUUGGAGGGGUGGGCUCAAACGAACGUUGAAGCUGAAAUUUCUCACGAGAAAAAUGACCCAAAGAGUUGAAACUUUGUCAAAAACAAUGUGUAUAUGCCAAACACAAUCAUUGUCAAUAAGAAGCUGAUUGACCAAAAAGGGUUUUAAGGGCCCAAAAAGAAGCCAGACAUCAUUAAAUCUGAUAAUAUUAUGAAAUACAGAUAUAACUGAACACUACUAAUUGUUAUCAAUGAUGAAUUAUUCUGGCAAUAGUUGAAUUGGUUGUUCUGAAACAAAAAAAGUGAUAUAAGAAUAUUGAUGACAUAUAUCAGCCACUAGAGGACGCGGUUUGACGCUUUCCCUCCCUGUAUGGAAGGACCGCAUUGUAGACCCGUCCACCUCAACUGCUCACUUCAAUAAAUGAAUGGUGUAAUUUCCACUGAGGGAGUCUCUGUGCUCCUAUCCAACUGUUUUAAACUUGCGUAGAGAGAAACUAGAGAAACAACGUGCCAUUUCUUCCUCCCUGAAUGUGCAGCUACAUGUCUGUCACUCUGUGGUGUGUAGCUCCACCUGCCCUGGUGUAAUAGCGCCCCCUCCUGUUUGUAUGAGGUGGAGGGGCAUCAGUUCAGACCUCCAUCUGGAUGUGGCGUGCUGUCUCUAGUUUUCUGGUCUGUUUUGUGAUAGAAUGUGCUCCUUGGCUGGCCUGCAGGCUUAACAGCUCUGUGUUGUCUUUUUACUGUUUACUGCUGUUUAACUGUCCAGUCCUUCAAAAGUAAAAAAUAUAUAAAUGAAUAAAAAAUCAAAAGAAACUGUAGCCUGCUUCAACAAAAUCUUAGAGCUCUUCUGAUUUGCAUAUAUCGUACUGUAAUGUUUUAUUUAAGAUUUUAGUGGAAAAAAAUGUCUGCAUUUAAACUAAAUUAUGGGAAUUAAAAUUACAAAGAGUACCUAAAA